GGCCAGGCGAGGCGGCGGAGGCGGCGAGCGCGGGACCGGGACGCGCCGCCCGCGCGCUCGGGCUGCCGCGGCAGCUCCCGCCCCGGAGCCCGCGGAGGAGAGUUUUGUGAUCGGGCCGCCUGCGAGGCCAUGGGGAGCCCCAGCGGCGGCGGCGGCGGCAGCAGCGGCAGCGGCGGCGGCGGCGGCAGCGGCAGGACGUGAAGAUGCUGAGCCUCGCCUCCCGUGCCGGCAGAGCUGUGCUCCUCUUGGCGGCUGUCCUGCUCAGCUCCGCCAUCACCAUGUCAGGAGGAUGGGGCGAAGAAGGGGUGACGUACGGCCAGCUGGGAAAAGACGUGGCGCUGGAGUGUGCCGGAGCGAGCCCCGGCUCCUCCGUGGAAUGGCGAUGGAACGGCGCCCCGGUGCUCCCGGCAGACGCCGAGGCCCAGCGAGACCAGCUGCUGCUGCCCCGUGCUGAGCUCUCCGCCGAGGGCACCUACAGCUGCCACGACGCCAGCGGGCGCCUGCUCAGCUCCGUGGCCCUCCGGCUUGGCCGUGUCCCAGGGCUGCCGUCCGUCUCUUGCCGAGCAUCCAACUACGAAAACUUCUCCUGCUUCUGGGCCCCCAGCCUGGAGACGCGUCUCCCCACCAAGUACAUCACCACCUACAGGAAGAAGCAGCUGCCUGGAAGCGAGCAGCGAAGGUCCCCCUCCAGCGACGUGGGGCUCUGCGUUCAGGAUCCGGCCCACCCCCUCUCCUGCACGGUCAGCAAGUCCCAGUUCUGGACCUCGUACCGCAUGAACGUGACAGAGGUGAACCCGCUGGGCUCCAGCUUCCGGCUGCUCGACGUCACCGUGCAGGCCAUCAUCAAGCCGGACCCGCCAGAGGGCUUGCGGGUGGAGCCCGUGCCGCUGGCCCCCCGGCGGCUGCGGGUCAGCUGGGACUACCCCUCCACGUGGCCGAAGGAGCCGCACUUCCAGCUCAAGUUCCGGCUGCAGUACCGGCCCGCCGUGGGCAGCUCGUGGUCUGUGGUGGAGACGGCCAACGUGUCCGAGGUGAUCACGGACGCCUUCAUGGGCGUGGAGCACGUGGUCCAGGUCAGCGCAAAGGACUUCCUGGACGCCGGGAGCUGGAGCGAGUGGAGCGCGGAGGCGUGGGGCAUGCCUGCUCCGGGACAGACGGUGGCGCCCAGUGACAUGGCCACUGCCGUGCCGGAGCCAGAAGGCCCGGCUGAGGACCCCUCCCUGGCCCCCGAGAACGAGCCCGUGGCAGGGCAAAGCGACCCCUCGGAGAAGGUGGCGGUGCUGGUGUCGCUCGGCGUGUUUGCGUUCUUCGUCCUGGCCGUGAUCCUGGCCUUCGCCUUUCUGAUGUGGAUCCGGGUGAAGAAGCACAGCAAGGAGGCCACGAAAAACCGGGACCUGCUCGCAGCUGCCAUCCACAUUAAGGCCUUGCCCAAAGCCCAGGUCUUGUAGAGAGGUCCCGUCCCACUCUGGCAGGGCGCCCCCCGGAGGAGGUGCGCCCCCCACUGACCUUGCCAGCCGCCGCCGCCUGCAAACUCAUUGAAGGACACUCCGAGGGCACCCGCACCCCCAGCCCCUCCCCAGAAGGGCUCUCUUGAGGAAGUCGCUCGCCAACAGGGACCGUUUGGGGAGGCGCGUGGCCCCGGGCCCCGUACGGACUGACCCCUGCACUGGGGCUCUUCCACGCCCGGACUGAAGGCC